AUGGUGGAUUUUGAAAAUCUUAUGGCUCAUGAUUUUAAAGUCAAAACUGCAAUGCUAGUACAAGGAUGGUCAAAAUUCUUUGAACGGUUGAUUGGACCAGUGUAUCCUACUUUGGUUAAGGAAUUCUGGACUCAUGCUACUGCUACUUCAACUGCUAUUGUCUCCUUCGUGUUAGGUCAUGAGGUUGUUGUGGCUAAAAAGAUGAUAAGGAAAUUAUAUGGUCUUGAUGGUUUAAAUGGAGUUACUAGAGCUCUUGCAGGAAGAACUGAUUGGGAAAGAGUUGACUUAGAGUUGUUUUCUUCUGGAACCGCCUCUCCGUAUACUACUGAUUUGAAGCCUCCCUACAGAGUAUGGGCCAAGAUCAUUCUGGGAUCUCUCUAUCACAGAAGACCGUCUAGCUCUGCUACCUACGUCAAUCAAGAUCAGAAGUAUGUUUUGUUCUGCAUUAGAAAAGGCAUGAGAGUAAAUCUCCCUCACAUUUUGUUUCAGCAUCUGAAGACAAUUGUUGAAGAAUCAAGGGACGAAGAACGUAAGAAGCAUCCCAAGCUUAAGAAGAAUUCUAUCCCUUUUGGAAGAAUGAUAUCAGAUAUUCUGACUGAGAGUGGUUUAUUAGAUACUCUAAGAGCAGAAGGCUCUUCUCACAAUCUGUCUGCUACUCAUGGGAGUAUUCUUAAUGCUCAGUCUCUUAGAAGAAUGCAGCUGAUUGAAAAGGUGAUCACUCCUCCAAUAGUGUUUCCACAUAUUUUAACCAGAAGAACUCGUGUUGUUAGUUUCUCUCAUAUGUUCAAAGAGGAGCUAGAAAAAUCUGUUAAAAGCCUUGUGAAGUCUUGCAAGAAAGAGAAGAAGCUGAAAAUAAAGGUUACAGAAGAAGGACCUGAUGUUAAGAAAGCUAAGAAACUGAAUAAGUCUUUAGGUACUGCUAAUUCUGAUUCUGUACCUAAUAAUAAUAAUUCUGGACAAAUACCAACAAAAUCCCUGAAAAUACCCAGAACUUCUGAACAGCUUCAAAAGCUUAUAGAUGAUAUUUAUCAUGAAGAUUCUUCCAGUUUUCAGACUACCUCAAACCCUUCUCCUCAGAAAAGACCACCUCCUGCUGAUAAUCCAUCUUCUUCCACAACCACUAAAAAUCAUUACCAUAUUAUUUCUGAACCUUCUCUUGACCCCCAACCUUUAAAUACUGUUUUUCUCAAAUCCCGUCUGGGAAUAUAUUCUCAACCACAUCCAUUACUUCUGCAAUCUCACCUUUAA